AACUCACAUCACACAGAAAAGAAAGCACUUACACGCCCCUCAAUCUUGCAUGUUCCACUUCUUUACCUGUCCCAGGAGACAAGGCUACAAUAUUUUUCUCGGGUAGACCAGAUCAAGCACACAUCAACACAAGACAUACGCGACGUCUCAAAGAUCAUUGUCGAUGCUGUCAACUGUCUCGAGGGUUCGCCGUGGUCUCGACAAUCUGCUCGACAAAGUCAUGGGACUUAGAGGAUAUGUGCCUACCGAUGGUCAUGUGAAUAUCCACAAUCUUAAGUGUGUUGAACAUGUAAUUCGGUUUGACUUUGAGCAGUUGGACAAUCCCCAGACUUGUUAUACAAUCUUUCCCCCGGUCUUUUUUCGUCCUAUGGACUCAACUCAAUUACAGAAAUCCUAUCCUGAAAUACGCGGAUUUGCGAACAUUGAUCAGUUCAUCGGCAAAGUGUUGCCCAAAACCCGUUGUAGUCAAAUAGCUAGCCUUAUCCAUGAUCGUGCGACCCGUGAGGCAAUGAUUCAUCAAGGGCUUCAAGCACCAGACAGUACCUUUUGGUUGGAAACGGAUCUCACAUGUCCUUACGGUAAAGGGCGUGAUUGGUGGUCUGUUUCCAGGGUCUUAGAGCCAGAACCAAGGAAUGUUGAUGGGCAAGCCUAUCCUCAUCUGGCUAUUCAUCUCAUUGAUACGAAGGAAGCUCGGGAAGACUCCAGACUCUUCUCUGAAUUCAGUUCAUUAAUUUUUGCUAUGCGAGGCCGCGCAAACCAGUGCAAGGUAGAUUCAGAGACAGAGAAGUGGAGGCUUAUGGAAAAUGAUGGUGAAGGGACAGAAGAAUAUCCAUAUCUCUUUCCUAAUGAAGAGUACUUUCCUGUACUUCUCUUCUCUUUUGUCCUUCCUCAACACGCAAGAAUCCUUACUGCAUGUAUGGUCCAAGAAAAGCUGGUCAAUAGACAGUCGAAACUGUACAGCUUUGAAUGGAAGAAGAGCGCGCCGAUUGAUUUUUUUCUUCGCCUUUACCUGAGCCGUCCUUUGGAGACCCGGGGGUGA